AUGUUUGAAUGGCUCUGGGAUUGGUGGAUGGCGCUGUUGAUGUAUUUGGGCUUCAAAUGUCACUACAAAAUCCUGCUGACCGGGUUGGAUAAUUCUGGGAAAUCGACGCUACUCCAUAUGCUCGCUGAUGAGCCAAAAGCGCAAAGGCUCGAAAAUCCUCCAGGAAUCCGGGCAACUUUCGGAGAGCAGCUGAUAUUCGAUGAAUUUCAUAUUCAUGUCUAUGAUUUGGGUGGCAUGCCUUUACCCGGCGGAAAUUUUAAGGCGCAACUUCCUACCUUUGAUGCCAUAAUAUUUUUGAUCGACGCUACGGAUAAAGCGCGAUUUGCGGAAGCCAAAGAGUGGAUAAAACCGAUUUUGGCAGACGUCAGGAUCCCAGAGAUCCCGAUCUUAAUCCUGGCCAACAAAAUCGAUCGCCCGAAUGCGGUCGACGAGCAUGAAAUCAUUUUCCAGUUUGGGCUGGAGGAAAUGUGUACUGGGAAAGAAGCCAGCCUACCCGAAAGACCGCUAGAAGUCUUCAUGACGUCAAUCCACAAUUCCACCGGCGUGCUCGUCUACGAUUUGUACUAUAGCAAAGAAGAGUUGUCGGAUCUUUGGAAUCGUCCCAGCCAAUCCGAGCCCGUCACAAUAUACGCGUCGGUGAAGAAGAUGACGAUGUCGUAUCGUAAAAAUCGGGCGGCCCUGAUGAACAAGUGGGCAGAACCCAAGGAAAAAUAUUGCGAAUUGACGCGCGACGAAUGCACGGUCUACUCGUAUAUCGUGGACCAGCUACGGAGCGACGAACUCAACGUGGCCACCUGGAUUUGGCGCGAAUCGCUUCCACUCGGGUUCAUCCACCAGAAAUACAUCACGAGACGCCCGGUGUCGCCCGAGGAAAAGGCGCAGAUCUUGAAAAAAUGUCAUCGGGAUGCGUAUUAUCCAGUGGUCACCCAAGAAUACCGAAGGCGACGCGAUUCACGGCAUGCCUGCAGAGGCAACCGUUUUCACGUCAUCCCGGAGGGCGGUCUCGAAGGAAUCGCACCGUAUUUGGGCCCGUCAAGGCUCCCGGUUGGCGCCAAGUUCAUCACGGCCGAUCUAAAAAUUCGAAAGAACAUUCGAGCCCGACCCACCAACGCUCAACCACUCCUCAUUCGCCGCUUGAUCAUUGAAGAUUUCGAAGAAUUCCUGAGCGAGGGCUUCCUCUGCGGCCGGUUCUUCAGCGGCAACCAGUUCAUGGUGACCCCAGUCGGCAAGGGCAGAAGGAGGGCUUGUGGAUGUACGCUGGAUCUGUGCGAUACUUGGGAGAUUGCGGUCGACGAGAAGACCCAAGAAUACAUCGAAUUCCGGCGGCCAGACGGGAAGGAGGAAGCCGACGUUUUACAGUUGGUACGGCCGACUGAGAAACAGAACCUUCAACCUGUUCUUCGAAACCUCUCAAUUAAAGAAGAAGAAGAGGAGUUUGACGUUUUCGAGAUUGGUGCUGAGGGCGUCGUUUUGUGCAACGCAACUCAGGACGAAGUCGAGGCGCUCAAACAAGCCCAAGAAACCGUCACUGGUAAAGAACACAACGCUAUCGGUGUGAUCAUCGCCGAUCUUCAUCGCCACAAAGGAGACCUGGCCGAUAUUUGGAACCGGGAUGCCGAGCCGGACGUGGAGAUCGAAUUCGAGGAAUUGAUGCUGCAGAUCAAGGCGGAUCGUGUCGAUCGGAGAUUCCUCCUAACCGAUUGGGGAGCGCCAAAAGACGACUACACAUCGCUUUCCGAGGACGAGCGCAAGGUCUACUCCCAUGUUCUACGGCAUCUACGAAGGGAUGAAUUUGAAGAGUUCAGCGCUGAUCACAUGUUCCACCUAGCCGCGUGGAGUUGGCGGGAAACGCUGCCGCUGGGCCACUUUGACCAGGCGCACCUCAUGUGGUCGCCGAACGUCUCCAAGAAUCGAGGGGGAAGCGAAAACAGCCGGAAGCGCAAAUCAACGCACGUCUGCCACGGGAAAAUGUUUCAAGCCCUGCCCGAAGAGGGCCUCGAGGACAGUGCCCCCUACUUGGGCCCAUCCGUACUUCCCGAGGGCGCCAAAUUCUACUGGGCCGACAAGAACCUUCGAGAAGACGUCCGGGCACGAUCCGCGGAUUCUGCACCACUUCUCAUUCGGCGGCUCGUUUUGAAAGGCCAAGAAAGGAUGAUCUCGGAAGCGUUCCUCUACGGACGGCACGGCGACGGCAACCAGUUCACCGUCGUCUCAGUCGGGAAACGUUCAAAAUCAUGCUGCGGCUGCCCCUGGGACAAAUGUGACACGUGGGAGAUUGCUGUCGAUGAGAAAACUGGAGAAUACGUCGAAUUCUACCCGAGAGAGGAUGAGGAUGAUGAAGAUGAUUUUUUGAACUCGCUGGAAGAAGAGGAAAUAGCUCAUUCGGAGGAACAAAAACCUGCUCGGUCAGCACCACUCACAGAAAGCGACGUCGAAACCGAUUCCGAUAGCGAUUCCAACUCAAUAGAUGAUGUGAUAUUUAUUCCAACGACCCAAAAACGCUCUAAGCUACCAACACCGGUCACAGAGAGCGGCGUCAUCCGACUCCGACGA